GUGACUUCCCAUCACCAAAUUAGCAGCAGUAGUGUAUGUCUCGAAGUGAUGUGAAGUGCCAAAGGGUGUUUUGAUAACGUGCCAGAUUUAGGUAAAUUCCGGUGGAUUUGCAACACGUGGUUGUGUAGUGGGAUAAUGCCGGUGCUCGAAAGGAUGGAGGAGGCGACUUCAUCAUUACUUACAUGUGGACCAGUGGUCGGAAGUGAUAUUUUACAACGCCAUUCCAUCAAUUCAUUGUUGGAUCAAAAUGAUAUUUUAUUGGAUAUCGAUAAUAAGAACAAACUAAUGUACAAUAAUUUUAUGGAUGACACGAUGUCUAUCAGCGACUUAUUCAGACUAGAUUCACCGAGGGGACUGUUGGAUUUUGCAAAUUCAUCGACAAAUGGACUCUGCACGCCACCUGUCACCGCCCCAAAUCUGCAGUUGAUUUUUGACGAAACGAAGUUUUCAUCGUCAAGUACGUACUCGCCGAUAAAUACCCCCAUGAACCUCUCGUUGGACAGUUCAUCACCGACUUCGUCCGGUUAUUAUUCAGGGAAUUCUUUGGCGAGCUCUUCACCUGGUAGCGAUUUUUGUGGUCACAGCAGUCCGGGUAUUAUCGGACGGUCACUAUUCAAUUCUGAUUCCGGUUCUGAAUCACCGGAUUCGGACUCCAGUACUGCCUCAAAUGCUGAAGGAAAGCUGUCCGAGUUACUGAAUACUUUAACUUUGAAUGACAAUUUGGCCAAAAGUUUGUACAAGAAUACCGAUGUGGAUCUUCAGGCUCUUCAAUUAUACAGACUUCAAGCUCUGAAGCACUUAUAUCCUUCGAAUGUUUUGGGAUCUCUUUUACCACCCGCUUGUUCUCAUGCUACUCCGCAUCUGUUGGAUAAAUGGAACCCGAGUUCAUCUUUAGCUAGCAUACCCGAAACCUUUCAACUUGAAAGAGCGGCCCGAUUCCAUCGUUCGGCAGCAGCUGUUUGUGACGCAACGUGCACCUGGAGUGGCGUUUUGCCUCCACGUACAUCGAAACCUUCAGGUUAUUCCAGCAAGGUAUUUUUGGGCGGAGUUCCAUGGGACAUUUCCGAACAGGCACUCAUCCAAGCAUUCAAGCAAUUUGGACCGAUUCGCGUCGAAUGGCCGGGCAAGGAAAAGCAAAUUUCUCAACCAAAAGGAUACGUUUAUAUAAUCUUUGAGUCGGAGAAGAUCGUACGAGCUUUGCUACAAGCUUGUACAAGCGAUUAUGCCAAUUCUGGUAAUUGGUAUUACAAGAUUAGUUCAAAACGUAUGAAAGCUAAAGAGGUGCAAGUCAUUCCGUGGAUCCUCAACGAUUCAAAUUGUACGAAAUCAACAACUCAGAAGUUGGACCCCAGCAAGACUGUCUUCGUUGGAGCUUUACAUGGAAUGCUGAACGCUGAAGGUUUGGCUAAAAUCAUGAACGAUUUGUUUGACGGUGUUGUUUACACUGGAAUUGACACUGACAAAUACAAAUAUCCGAUCGGAUCUGGACGUGUUACUUUUAACAAUCCUCGGUCGUAUAUGAAGGCUGUUGCUGCGGCUUUUAUUGAGAUUAAGACGUCGAAAUUUAGCAAAAAGGUGCAAGUGGAUCCAUACUUGGAAGACUCCCUGUGUUCGGUGUGCAGCGUCCAGCAAGGGCCUUACUUCUGCCGCGACAUCUUAUGCUUCCGUUACUUUUGCCGCACCUGCUGGCAGUGGCAGCACAAUAACGGAUUACGUCAUCACAAGCCGUUAACAAGGAAUUCAAAAAAUAGUCCUGGAUUGGUAGUGACCAAUCCAAAUUAAACUAAAAAAAAUCGAGGGUGAAUAGUCGUUUGACUAUUCACCUUCGAUUUUAUUUGAUAAUUGUGGAAGAAAAUGCUUAUCGUACACGGCGUCUUAAAAUUUCGUUUUCCAUUAUAUAAUCUUAUUAUUCUUAGAUGUAGGAAAUGUUACAUUGUUGUUGUUUUUAGUGUAGGUUCUUUAAAGUUUUGGCUAUUUAAAAAGGAAAAAAAAAAUGAUAAUAUUGGUAGCCGCAAGAGUUUAAUAACUCUGCAAAAUUAUCUGUUAUUAGUUUUUAAACAACUUCUUAUUCCUGAUUUAAUUUUAAAACAAAAUGUGAAGCUUAACAAUGAAAUCUAACGCAUUUUAAUAAUGAUGGUUACGUAUUUGGAGACAGAUCUUACAGUAUUAUCGAAAAAAAAAUCCAAGUAGCUAACACCAGUGUUUUAUAUUAGAUUUGAAUCUUUUCUUCAGUGGUUAAACUAAUAGUUUUAAGCGUUUGAUAAAUAAUUUUAAAUCAUAAUUUGUACUGCUAAUUUAACUCUAAAUUUAAGUGGGUAGUUGGGUAACGUAAUACAGUAGAAAACUGUAAAAAUAGGACUGAUUCGGUAUUACGAAAUGCGACGUUUUUUGGCUACCGAUAUGUUUCAGUGCUUAUCAGUUUAAGAUUCUUAAACUAUUGUUUUCAUUACAAUUAUUAAAUAUCAUGCAUAACUCA